CAAUAAUUCAUCGCGAGUCUCUUUGUUAAGCCAUGCAUUAAGAAAAGAUCGUGUUUUCGUGCGUUUUACGCGAAACAUUUUGCCGAUAUUUCUAUCUGAUUAGUUUCUGGAUAAAUUGAAAUCGAAGAUCAAAAAUUUUACCUAAAGGUACAAGAAGCACAAAGAAAUUACUUAUAAAAGUUUGUAGAAAAUCAAAGACAACGGAGCAAGGGUGUAAUGUGAAGAGAGGAUUGAUGGACCAGCCGGAAUUGAAGCAAUUCCAGAAAUAGAAAAACCAACACAGACAGACGGGAUAUCCAAGACAAAAGAAUUUUAGACGGAUGCCCAUGAACUGCAAGGUUGGAGAAUAAUGUUGUGAAGUUGUCCGUGCAUCACUUCAACUUAGUAUCAAAAUACGCCUUGAAUUUUUUUCAAAUCGUCCACUAUUGCUAUCUCUUAUCGAGAAAACCUGGACGUUUGGGACAAGCGAAGGAUUAUUAAAGUGGAGCAUUUUUCGAGCUGAGACAAACGUACUUCGAGUUAUCAUAAGAGGCAUCCAUGUGAAAAAUAAACAUUUCAGUCUUCAAUAAUGUCUACGGACUGGGGCUUCAAAUGCAUUAAGUUUAUGGUUUUCUUUUUCAACCUUUUAUUUCUAUUGGCUGGGUGCGCAAUUUUUGCUAUUGGCGUGUGGAUAAUCAGCAGCAAGGAUGAGGUUGCCGGGGACUACAGCCGUCUUACCGGAACAAUCAACUACAAGACAGCACCGAUUCUGUGCAUCGUCAUUGGUAUUGUGACUGUGAUCGUGGCGUUUUUAGCAUGCUGCGGGGCUUUGAAGGAGAGCCAGUGCAUGCUGGGCACAUACUUUGGGCUUGUUACGGCGAUAUUUUGCUUAGAGGUGACGGCUAUAGUCUUGGCUUACGUGUACCGUGAGCGUAUUGAGAAGAACCUUCACGGUGAUAUUCGCUCCACCAUGAAUGAAUACCACCUCUCUGGACACGAUGCCGUCACUAGGGCCAUAGAUGAGAUCCACAGGGACUUCAAAUGCUGUGGUAAUGCACAGUACAGGGACUGGUUUGAGACCAAAUGGGCCAAGACUCACCCUGAUAUGGUCCCACGAAGCUGUUGUAAGGACCCUUCGGACAGUAAAUGCAACGAGAACAUUUCUAAAGACCCGACAAAGAUCUACAGACGAGGCUGCUAUAUGUUUGUGAAGAAGUACUUGUCAAAUAAUCUUCAUGUGAUAAGCGGGUUUGGAAUCUGGAUCGCUGUGAUCCAGUUAAUGGGAAUCAUAUUCGCCACGUGCUUGUGUUGUCACAUCAGAACAAUACUGUCCGAGGAUUAUGCAUAAAAGUACCGAUCGUAUUGACGGAAAGAUAUCUAGGGUCACAAGCUAUUCUUGAUCAAUUGCUGGAUUGCAUCACAUGGCCACGGUCUUCCGCUCGGCUCUUUUACACGCAAACUAGGAUAGCAUGGGAAUUCCUCUUUGUGGAGGAACCUAACCCUCCACACAGCCUGUCUUCUGAAGGGCAAGACAUGGAGGUGGCUACUCUUCUCUAUAUAACAGCAGACAACAGAGUCUGGAAUUAAGGAGUUGAUACAGUAGAUUGUGUAGUUCCAGAAAAUAUCCAUACCCCCCUAUUGAGGGGGUUGGAGGUAUGACCCCCCACCCCUCUGGAAUUUCCAACCCCCUGAAAAAAAAUAAAUACAGUAACUGUUAAGGAA